UGCUGGCACAUGAGAAAAAAGAAAAAAGAAUCGAACUUUAGAUUAGUUUUGUUGCUUAAUAGGUGUUUGUGUAUUAUGCAAGAUUUUUAAAUUUGGUAUCUUUGAGCAUUAUUAUAUACUUUUCUUUUUCAGCCGUCUAAUUGAGAAGUUAACAACUUUAAUGUUUCUUCUUUUGUCUUAUUACACUGUUCAUCAAGAAGAUUUUGCUUUCUCUAUGGUGCUGUCACUAAUCUUGUUUUCUAUGCGUUCUCAAGUUCAAUUUGUAACCCCAAAUCAAUGCAUAUAUCCUCGAACUCCAGCUCUACCUCUUGGUUUAACUGCAGCUCUGGCUCUCAUGGUAUCUCAGAUUGUCAUAAAUGUCGCAGCCGGCUGCAUUUGUUGCUCGAAAUUCCCUCAAAUCCCUGAUUCCAGUUGGAAGGUGGCUUUGAUCAGCUUCUCUUUAUCUUGGUUCACAUUUGUCAUUGCGUUUCUUCUGUUGCUAACUGCUGCGGCGCUGAAUGAUCAACACGGCGAAGAGAGCAUAUACUUUGGCAACUACUACUGCUACAUUGUGAAGCCUAGGGUGUUUGCAGGGUGUGCAAUUUUAUCCCUUGCAAGUGUUGCCUUUGGUAUUGUCUAUUAUAUUACCUUAGCUGAGGGAAAAAAUGGUAACAACUCUUGUGAUUCCUUGGAUCCAAAUCAUGGGGGCAUAGCCAUGGGACAACCUCAGAUACCACCAACUCAAGUUAGCCAUGACCCACUGUUUGUACAUGAAGACACAUACAUCAGAAGACAGUUCACAUGAUAAUCAGCAGUAGUCCCUAUUUCUUUAUAGUUAGAAAAAAAAGGUCUAUAAUUAUAUUGUUGUGUCUAGCAGUUGGAAUAGGACAUAAAUAUAGAGAUAGUAUAAAAAAUACAUCAUUUAUGUUUUGAGAUAUGUACCUCAUCUAGUUUUCCAAGGUAAGCCAAGCUUUAUUCAUAUUCAUAGAAAUAGUAUUUGUUAGAGUUUUUUUUUUUAUGUAAUAACUAAUUAACUAUGUACAUGCAUGUGUCUCAAAAAUGUUUUGUGAGGGAGUUAUGUUGGUUCUGACAUACAAUACAGAAUAAAGAUGUUGCCUCCGUUUUCAUUUCAAUUCAUGCUGUUAUUAUUACCAAAA